AUGACGGGCUGGAAAGAAAGCGGUGACCUCACGCCGCGGGAUGGCGGCUGUGAACGCGGCACUGGCAGCCGCCCCGCUUGGCCGCCCGCCUGGGCUCCGCUCCCGCACACGCCCGGCUGGUGGGCGGUCCUGGCGGCCCGCGUGUGCCUCGUCUUGGGUCCCUCUGAACGGGCCGUGUGGGCCCCCGGGCAGCAGGGAUGGAAGAGACUUCCAGCUGAGAGGGUGCAGGAGGUCAAGAGAAGCCGAUGGCGGGUGAAUUCCCCAAACAAAAAAGUGAGAGAACCUCUUAACACCAAACAUGCCAAAGAAUCUGUUGCUAAUGACCGUGCCAACAAGACUAGGCGGGGGAAACCCGUGCCGGUGUCACCAGAAAGGUCUCUGAGGCUUCUCACGGUUUCCGCGUGGGGUUUGCAGCCAGGGCGAUGCCGAAAGUGGGGGGAGCGGUGGCUGCGCGAUGCCGGUGCCAGCAGGUGCCGCUGCGCUCUCGGUGCCGCUGCGGGCGGCGAGCGGGGCGGGGAGCGGGGCGGGCGAUGCCUCCCCCCGCCUCCUCCCUCCAUCUCUGCCUCCCUCCCUCCGCCCUCGGCCGCUCGCGCCGCCGGGACCAUGGGCUGCUGCUGCCGCCUUCUCCUCGCCCUCCUCCUCCUCCUUCCCGCAGGACUCGGUGAUGACCCCAUAGCAUCCCUCACCCCCUUUCCAGUGGUGGGGACAUCAGCAGGGCCAGGCUCAGGGGGCACAUCUGUCCCCACAGCAGCUCCCCACCAGUCUACACCUCUGACAGCUGCGGGACCCACCAGUAACGGAGUGUCCCCCGAGGCGGGUGGCCGCAAUGGGAGCACCACGGCCAUGCUGUCCCCUGCCUCCACCCCCACAAACACUGUCACUGCAGCAGACAGCCCAUCAGUGGCCCCCAGUUCAGUGCCACCAACCUUGGAGACAGUCCUGAGUCCUUGGACAGCACAUUCCAGCAUGGCGAGAGGCACGACAGAUUCGGGGACAAAUCCAAGCCCUGUGGGCACGCCCGCAUCCUUCUCUUCUUCCUCCCCUCACAGCAGCACCCUGCACUCAUCCCCUGGGACAGCACUGCUCUCACCACCCAUCCCCACCCAGCCACCGGCACUGAUGAAGGACGUCCCUUCCCCAGGGAUGCUGGCUAUGGCAUCAAGCCUGGCCAUGGAGCCAACAUCCCCCUCAGUGACUGUGGCCAGCCCCACCAAGGGCAUGGCUGAAGAAGGCAAAAGUACUCCCUCCACUGGUGUCACCAUAGAAGAGGUUCCACAUGCCUUGAGUGCAGGCAGCAUCGUGGCCAUAACUGUGACGGUCAUCGUGGUGGUCGUGCUGGUCUUUGGGGCGGCGGCGUACCUCAAGAUCAGGCACUCCUCCUAUGGAAGGCUGCUGGACGACCACGACUAUGGCUCCUGGGGGAACUACAACAACCCCCUCUACGACGACUCCUAGCAGGAGAAGAUCCUUAUUUAUCAGCGCUUCCCCAGCACGCACCUGCUGCUUGUCCUCGCCACGCAUGCUGGGCCGCAGCCUGGAGGCCAAGCUGCCGCCAUGAGCAGCACACCGCAGCAGGCCCAGCAGGAGGCGGCUGGCCGCAGGGCAGGUGCACAGCGCCCACAAUAAACCUGAGUGUUGGC